AAUCAUUGUUUAAAAAUAAAAUGAACAAACCGAUUAAAAGACAGAAAAUAAAAUAAACAAAGUUAGAAAAAAAAAGAAAUAGAAGCAAAUCGAGAGAAGAUGGACAGGCAGGCGAUUUAACUGUCAUGAACUCUACAGGAGGGCAAUUAUUCGACAGAAAAAUAGACAAUUUAUUCACUUAAUGGUCAGAUAAUUUUCAAGGCAAUAACAGCGAUGGAAACAUUUUCAGUAAUAGUUUGGAUCUAUAUAUAGCCUGCGAUGUGACAGUUUUUCAUUUGUGGCGGUGGCAGCGACAUUGUACUCGUGACAUCGUCGACACCAGGUCCUCAGGAUGACGACUACCACACUGUCCACAGUCAUGCUGCUGAUGCUGUUGGUGGCACUGGCCCUGGGGAGUGUGAUCGUUGAUGAAAAGCAAUACCCCUUCCGAGUAAACUGUGGAUGGCCCAGAAUAUGUACACCGGAUCUGAUUCGUUACUGCAUCAAGGGCCGGCUAAAUCCGGUGUAUGGAAGCUGUGAGAUACAAGAAGCCAUAUGCAAUGGCGAGGACUGGGACCCCAGCAAGAGCUGCUUUCUGCCCUACCCCGUCUUUUGCGACCUACCGCAUGAAGAACGCCCAUGUUAUCUUGACCUCUCACCCUGGUGUUUGGAGGGACGCUCAGAGCCCGUGCAUGGUCACUGUGAACUCCAGGAUGCCAUUUGUAACGAGAAUGCCGUGUUUGAUGUCAGCCACAGCUGCUUGACCGAAACAAGCCUCUCCGUUCGUUAAGCAUGUGAUUUGUUUAUUGUCUGUACUGAUAACAUCACCUCUAAUGGUGUUUGUAUUAGUAAAGAGCAAAUAAAACUAUAAAACUUUC